AUGGUAGAGGAAGAAGACGAGACUCGAAUCAUAUUUCAUGAAGACCUACGCGACCGGUCAUUCGUACGCAUCAGGGUCACACACAUGUACAAGGAUAACACACGUUCGGAGGAACAACACAGUCAUGAGACUGACAUCGAUCUCACAUACCGCAACACCCGGCGUCCCGGAGAUCUCCCCAAGAAAUCUCCAGAGCGCGAUUUCUACGUACCUUCUCACCAAAUCAUCGACGUCUCGGACAAGUCCUUCAUCCCAGACCUGCAGAAGCUCUUUCCGCACCUCGCCCGCAAGGAUGAGCAGUAUUGGGGGAAGUGCUACAAGUCCUUGGGAUAUGACAUGAAACUCACCUUGCUGAAGUUCUACCAAAACGAGCUGCCAAUGACGAGUAACUUGUUCUCACCAAGAGAGAACGUCCCGACGUCGUACCAAAACCUUCGGAUUGUCAUGCGACAUGCCCCCAUGAUCUUUGCACUGGUCCGCAAUAUCGACAUCGAAAGGGUGACUAAAUCCAUGAUGAACCGGUUCGGUGAACUCGCCAAGUAUGACCCUCUAUCGGAGCUCUUCGUCGACAGUCACCAUCCAUACACCAACAAGAACAUUAAGGACGCAUUGGAGUUACCCCGAUUUGACACGUUGCCAGAGUACUCUUUCGAGAGCUGGAGGGAGUUUUCCGUCCAUAGCGGUGUUGGCGCCAUCAUGGAACUCCGUUUUAGCAUGCGAAACCAGGUCCGUCGUGGCGAGGCGUCGGUUCACCCAGUACCUCACACACAAAUCAAAGUCGAUGGCAGGUCAUUGGACUUGUCAUUGUUCGUUAAUUUUCUCGAAGGCAGAACUCAUCGUAAUUUGCCCAAGCUCACCGUGGGCGACCUUGUCACGGUGGAUUUUAACAACUCCAAAGACGACGCAGAACCAGAACACUACUGGGAUGGCAGAGUGGUCGCUCCCACCUUGUCCACCGGCCCCGGACAAAUCUGUAUGAUUGUGAACCGCCCAAACGAUGAGAUAGACAUACUCGAUUAUGAACCAUACACGGAGCUGACGGCGGCCGACAUGGACAAGAUGACUGCCCCGCAGCUCCAGGAGUGGUCUUACAAAAAUCUCAACUUGAGAAUCACCGUCUGGAAGCAAAUUGACAAAAAUGAGCUCAAGCGACUCUGCAAUGGGCUGAACAACAUGAAGGUUCCGAGAGAGCUCAAGCACAUGUACAAGGGCAAGGUACACAUCCUGAAACAGUUCCGCCGCUUGGUCCAAUGUCGGGAUCACACCCAAUACGACAUGUCUUCGCUCUAUGAUACUCUUCACCCCGAUGAUCGAGGCCGCUUCAUGAACACCUUGCGUUCUUCACUCUAUGACUAUCAGAUGGCACCAGUCACUCGUUGGUCUAACAAAGGUGUGACCGCGAACAUUGUAGCCCUUGGAGGCAUAUCGGGUUCCGGCAAGACUCAUACGAGUAUCAGUGUUCUCAGUGGUUAUACCUUGAGGGUCAAAAUUGACCAUGAGAAAAAGGCCAUGCAAGAGCUCGACUUCCUCCGACUUUUCGAGGGGAAGUCUGAGAACCCCGAGCUCUGUGCUGCUCAGACCGAGGCCAUUUAUCUUGAUUCCGCCGACAACCAGAUGGAAUUCAAUGACAGUCUGGAGGAAGAGUUCGAGAAGGGUCGCGUCACACACGCUUGCAUUCAGAAUGAGACUGUCGAUCAUAGCUACGACAUGUGGCGCAAGCGGCUCGAUGAGCUUUCCAAGUCAAUGAAUGUUCGCAGAAAGCUCGUCAUUCGUUUACAUUCAAUCCAGUCGGAGCGCAAGGCCUUCCACGCCAUGAUCAAUCCAAACUUCAAGGCAGGUUCUAAAGACAACCCUGAGCGAUACGAACCGAACGGCGAGCUUUGUGGAACAACCAGCGAAUCCCUGCUCGAACACUACCUCCGCGAGAUGCGCACCGAACAUACUGGUAUCACCGACAAACGCUUCCGCAUGGUCCAAGGCUCGCUGGCGUAUGUUAUACUGCAGCUCGCACGGUUCAGCGGUUUUCGUAUGACUGAAGAAGUGGCCAACACUUGGACUGGGAGGGAGCGCAAGCAAAUUGCAAAAAAACUCAAGGUGGUCAUCACUGCCAACAGGGAGUUACAGACUGCGGGCGAGAUGACUGAGGAUACCUACCAGGCAGUGGAUCAGGCUUUCGAAGCCGGUUACUAUUUCAUCAUUGAGCGCGUUCCCGUCAUCUGUUGUACUCUAGCUAUUGCAACAACGAAUAGCUUCCAGAUCCAUCGCAAGGCACACGCCGUCGCCCUGGAAGAAGCUGGCCGAGCCAUCGAUCUAGACAUCACGGCCCUCCUCUCGUCACACUGGGCAUGCGACCUUGUCAUGUUGGUCGGCGACUGGAGGCAACUGAGUUAUACUCCGUAUGGACCAGCAGACGAGAAUCCGUUCCAACUCCAGCUAUCGCGGUCCACCUUUUCCCGGCUCAACUUUACGGGGUUUCCCAUGCAGCUGCUCACCCACACGUCGCGCUUCACCAACCCCACGCUCCUCAGGCUCUGCGCCCGUCUUAAUGCCGAGAUGCAUGUCACUGCAGUACCUGGGUCCUUGAACACGGAGCUAGAGCAAUAUGCGAAGGAGAUCAACCUAGACAUUUGGGGCAAGGAGAGUGUGGUCGUUGUCGUCAACACGAAAGACGCCAAGGCCCACUGCGACAGGACUGGUUCAUGGUACUGCAGCACUACUGCUAUCAUAGCCAUGCACGACAUUGUCAGCCGCGUGCGGUGCGUCUCUGGCGACGAUAUAAUGGUAAUCACGCCUUACAAAGCCCAACUCCGCGUCUUACUCGCACUGCGAGACGAAGCGGUGCAUGACGCUCUCGCCAGACGUUGGACGGGUUUGGCGGAGCAACUUACGAGAGUCAUGAUCAUCACUGUGGAUUCAUCCAUGGGCAAGGACCGCCAUCACGUUGUCCUUGAUACCGUUGGCCAUGACAGUGGGUUUCUCUGGCAACAGCCUCGUAGCCUCGUCGCUGGCACCCGGGCUCGCACCAGCUUCACCUUUAUCGGCCCCACUUUACCGUUUACCUCGCCGUUUAGAAGCGCCAAGGACCGUCUGAGGAAUAUGUUGUGCGAAUGGGGUCGUGAGGGCUUGAUUGUCACUGUCGAGCGCUACGACAUGCAUAGAUUCGAACAGUAUCCGAGCGUCCUAAGGGCGAUGGAAUUAUCCUUGGGUUAUAGAAAUCGCUUCUAG